AUGUUUUCGUCACUAACAGCAUCCAAUAAAAGAACGCUCUUUGGCUCCUUGUCAACCGUGGCCAAGAGAACACAUAUUAUUGGAAGAUUGAAGCCAUUCCCUCAAAGAAGGAAGCCCCAACCUGACAGAGCCAAGCGAGCAUUGAAAUCCAAGACUAUCGUUAAUUUCGUGAGGGACGCUAUUGACAAUGAUGAGCCCAGCUUCAAGCAGGGGGCAAAAUCAAUAUAUUUCCCUUCUGCACGGAUCUGCCUUCUUAGACCGAAUGCUAAGCAUACGCCGUACCAGGCCAAAUUCAUAGUCCCCAAAUCAUUCAAUAAGAUGGAUCUCAGAGACUAUCUCUGGAACAUAUAUAAUAUGCGUGUGCUCAAUGUCAGUUCAGCAUUAAUGCCUGCUACAUUUGAUCGUGCGUUACCUUCCCCAUACAGAACCAGAUUUAGAAGCCCUCAGGUGAAGAAGAUGACGGUGGAUUUGAUCGAUCCGUUUGUGUGGCCUGCCGAGACUCAAGAGUUUAAAGCUGAAAGAGAACUUGUUGGAGAUCUCAAAGUCUACAGAGAGGAUAAACAGAGUGCCAUUGGAUCCGAUAAAAAGAAACCGACCAAGGCCUUUGGAAGCAUUAUCGAACCGAAGCCUAGAGCGAUGAACUUUGUAGCCAAGAGCGUUAGAAGGCAGAUGAGAAACACCAAGAGGAAAGACAUUUCUAACCGCAAGAAAUUAGAAGCAGAGAAGUUCAUCGACCAGUAUAUCCCAUUGUAA